UUCGAAAUCCCUCCAAUCCGGCCUCAGCUGAAACUUUGGGACAAUUUCUUCUCCCUUUUUUUAAAAAAGACUUUUCAGUGACAGCCAGACUAGGACCACACCCAUACAAUGAAUAAAAGAAUAAAAAAGGCUUUUCUUUCUCGGUUGACCUGGAAAGACUGUGCAGAAGAGACACAUAAAGCAGUUUUUUGCAGGAUUUGCUGACUUACUGAGGAGAUUGGUGGACACAGCAGCAUUUUUUCUGAUUCAGACUUAAUGAGGAGAUUGGUCGACUUAGCAGGAAUUUAGAUGGGCAGUCCUUUGGAAAGUGUCUACAGUGAUUGGUAGAUGUAGGGACUUAGGGGAGGUGACAUGGGAGAAAAACUCCUAUAUAAGAAAAAACAGAAUCUCUUGAUGGAGAUACUUUUGGGGAAAUCCUUUUGGAGGAUCUCUGAUGAGGAUCGCUUGGAAGACUCUCUUGAGAGAGGCUCUGGAGAAGGGAAGCUCUUGGAGGACAAUCUCUAAGGAGGUCUCGCUGGAGCUCCUCUAAGAGGACUCUGUCCCUCUAGAGGCUCUAGAGAAAGGCCCUUUGGAACAGUCUCUGGCUGAAAGGCUCUCUGGUGAAGUCAGCUGAGAUGGAGCUGGCCUGGUGUCACUAGAAUCCUUGUUUAGGCAGACCUUGUGGAGAAAUUCCAAAAGCUAGAACCCUGGUCUUGGGACAUGAAGUGAUGAACUAUGAACUUGGGUGUCAGCAGCUGUGUUUUCCAGGAAGAACCAGCAGUUAUAUGGCUCUCAUUUGACAACAUGCACCACCAGUGGCUUCUGUUAGCUGCGUGCUUUUGGGUGAUUUUCAUGUUUAUGGUUGCCAGCAAGUUCAUCACUUUGACCUUUAAAGACCCAGAUGUAUAUGGUGCCAAACAAGAGUUCCCAUUCCUGACAACUUUGCCAGAAUUAGAAAAAAUGCGAGAGGAGAGAUAUUUACCUAAAGAACUAAAGCCAACUGGGAAAGUACUUUCUGGAAACCGACUUAACCAGCCCAUGGUCCACAUGGAGCGUCUGGAACUACUCAAAAACGUCUGCCGAGAUGCAGCUCUGAGGAAUCUUUCACACACCGCAGUCUCAAAGUUUGUGUUAGACAGAAUAUUCGUCUGUGACAAACACAAGAUUCUCUUCUGCCAGACACCCAAAGUGGGCAAUACACAGUGGAAAAAAGUCCUGAUUGUUUUAAAUGGAGUUUUUCCUUCCAUUGAAGACAUCCCAGAAAAUGUUGUCCAUGACCAUGAAAAAAAUGGCCUACCACGUUUGUCUUCUUUCAGUGACUCUGAAAUUCAGAAACGCUUAAAAUCAUACUUCAAAUUUUUUAUCGUGAGAGAUCCCUUUGAAAGACUCAUUUCUGCUUUUAAGGAUAAGUUUGUCCAUAACCCUCGGUUUGAGCCUUGGUAUCGGCAUGAGAUCGCCCCUGGCAUCAUUAGGAAAUACAGAAGGAACCGAACAGAAACCAGGGGUCUUCAGUUUGAGGACUUUGUGCGUUACUUGGGUGACCCAAACCAUAGGUGGUUAGAUCUCCAGUUUGGGGACCACAUCAUCCACUGGGUGACGUACGUAGAACUCUGUGCCCCCUGUGAAAUAAACUACAAUGUGAUUGGGCACCAUGAGACCUUGGAGGAAGAUGCCCCCUAUAUCCUGAAGGAAGCUGGGAUUGAUCAUCUAGUAUCUUACCCAACGAUUCCUCCAGGCAUUACUGUGUAUAACAAGACCAAGGUGGAACACUACUUCUUGGGAGUAAGCAAAAGAGACAUCCGCCGUCUAUAUGCACGUUUUGAAGGAGACUUUAAGCUCUUUGGGUAUCAGAAGCCAGAUUUUUUGCUAAAUUGAUGGAAGAGAGAAGUGUCUUCCUUAAACCAAGGGAUACCCAGCUGUGUACAUGAACCCAGAACUGGUUUCCUGAACUGCACCUUCCUUUUCUAAAAUUCCCAGUUGAUAACCAUUGGCCAGUUGUUAGCUGUUCGGCAUGUGAAGUGGAACCCCUCUUAGUAGCUAUCCUUCAUUUGUGCAUUGGGGGCAUUGAGUGGUACCAUAGUAACCAGGACAUCCUUGGCCCUCUCUUCUCCCCCCAAAAACAAGAAUAAAAAUUUAACCUGGGAAAGGGGGUUGAGGAAAAUAAUAUAAUUUUAAGAGGGGUUUGGGGCAGCAAUUGAAUAAAAAAAAGACAAUCUCUAAUGAAUUAAUGGACUGUAGGAGGAAUUGUCAUUUAUGAGUUGCCAGUAAUGGUACCUAAUGCUGACAGGAAGAAUAGAGAAGUUAACAGACUGUGAAAAUUGUAAAGACUCAAAUUUGAUGAUAAAAUUAUACCUCUGGGUUCCAAUUUUUUUCCUUUUUUACUUCUAUAAAAACUGAGGAAGCCUCACCUUUUUUUGGUGUUGUCUUUUCAUGGCCACAUUGGAAAGGUUUGAUUUCUUCCACUCCACACCCCUACUUAUUUAUGUUCCAAAGAGCAACUUCAGGAGGUUCUCUUAAUGGAGAAAAUUUACCUGCAUAAUGAUAUUAUAAAUUCCAAGCCUUUGUUGUCCAAAUAGUUCAUUUGAUCCAGUCCAAGUAUUCCAAAGUUCAUGUUAGAUUGCUUGAGAUGAAAGGGAGAAAGAAGUUUUUUUCUUAUUGGAAGAGGGGGAUGCUUUGUAGGCAUUAAGGAAGGCUUAGGAUGAUUUCUUUCCCCCAGAUCUUUUGGGUUCAAUAAAUACCAUCCUGACACUGCUUUUUAUACAGUCUACCCAGUAGCAAUCAAUAUUUGAAUGCCCUCAUCUGAACAAGGGUAGUGCAUUUCGGGGUGCUUGCUAGGUUCUCCUAUUACUUAUUCCAAGGUGCCUCUCCUGAUCCUAGGGCCACAUUGUUAGUAUACUUGGAAACCUGGGAUACUAAUUCAUCACCCUUGCCUUGGAUCUCAGCAAAAUGCCCUAGAGAGGGACUAUGGCUUCUACUUGCAUUUCUAAAAGUUGUGAGUUAGAGUUCACCAGCAAUAAAAAUUCAGUGGCAUUAACUUGUUUGCUGUCCCCUCAUGGGGAGGAUUGUAUUUAGCAGUUUUAGUAAUAUCAGAAUAACCCCCUGAAGUGCAAGAGGCAACAGGAAAAGGAUGCCCCUCAGCCCUGGGGUAGCAGUCUAGCUAUUGGAGGGGAAAGAGUGGAAUGUCUUCAGAUCUUACCAUUGCCAUCACAUCUAGAGAAAUAGCUAAGUAGGAAAGGGGAAAGCCCUUACAGAUGAACCAUACACUGUUCCACCUGAAGGUAGAAUUUUAAAAGGGGGAGGGGUUCUAAUAGCCAAAGUAGCAAAGGAAGUCUUGAGCCCCAUAUUGUUGACAGCCCCCAUCUCUCCCUCCCUUUCAUCCUCUUUCCCUUCCUCUCCCUCUCUUCUCUGUCUCUUUGUCUCUUUCUCUCUCUGGCUCUCUCUCUGUCUCUGGCUCUCUCUUCCUCCCUGUCUUCCUCUCUCUCUCUCCUCCUCUAUCUCUGUCUCUGUCUCUCUCCCCCUCUCUUCUCUGUCUCUAUCUGCCUGUCUGUCUGUCUAUCUCUCUAUCUCUCUGUCUCUGUCUCUCCUCUGUCUCUCUCUGUCUUUCUGUCUGUCUGUCUGUCUCUCUCUCUCCCUCCUCCAAUUGUCACACACCAGCCUUAUUGCAAGUAUAGAUAGCCCCAUGGCAAUGCCAACAAGGCCUAGCAUGGGCCUACUAGAAAGAAAUCAGUUAAACCUCAGGUGUGAUAUGUUCUGGAGAUUUCCUGAGCGUGCUGUCUUCUUAGCUACUGGGAAUAUUUCUCAGUACCUUGUCUGUAACCUGCCCUUUGAAAAGUAUUGUGUAUAUGUGAUUUACAAGGAUGUCAAAUAAUACCAAUGAUGGCAACAGAGAUCCAGGCAGCAAGGUGAGUGAUGUAAAAGAAAGUGUGUUAGAGUCAAAGGACCUAGGUUCAAAUUCUGACUCUGUCACUACCUGUGUGACUUUGAUUAUCUUGCACGAGCCCCCAUUUUCCUCAUCUGUAUAGUGAAAGGGGUUGAACUGGGUGGUCUCUGAGAUCCCUGCCAGCUCCACAGGAUUCCAUGAUCUUUACAACCAGCUGCACAAUUUGCCCCAAUGGCAUUCUAUGGAAGCAAGAAUGGGCCUCCAUAGUGGAAAAUAUGAAAGAAAAAUAAGAUUUAAAAUCUGUGCCAAACCUGACAUGUGCUGCAUCUCUGAAAAGGGGAACCUAAUGGCUAAGCAUCACCCCAGACACAUCUGGACACACUAAUUGGUCUGAGGGAGGAGCACUCAACUGACUACUGUUAACAGGAGGGUCUAACUGAGCCAAGGCUUCAACGCUAUGGUAUGGUGGUGAGUUGGGUGGUUGUUGUUUUUGACAGUUGCAGUUACAGUCAUAGACUUGUUAGUCCUUAACUGAUGUGUAAAGGAUGUAACCCUUGAGUUAUUUUUAUAUGAAAUCCUAGCCAAGUCCAUUGUUGAAUCCAUUUCAGACCUAAUGACUUGAUUGAUUGAUUGAUUGAUUGAUUACCUCUUCACUGACUUAAACUGUAACAAUGUGAAUAAUGUAUUGUGAAUUAAGGCCUUAAAGAUAGUCCUAAUAAAAAACAAACAAACAAACAAACAAAA